AACCGACACCGUUGCAACUCCUGGAUCUCUCCGGCGCUCGAACCCUCCUUCAUCCCCCCCUUGGAGAAGGCUUUGACUACCUGCUUGCACCCCACUCGGGUCAAUUCCUAUCUUUAUUUUGGAUAGCAAUUUGCGUCCGUCUUAUCUAAGUUCAAGUCUUCAGGAUACCGCCUCCUUGCCUAGGGGCCUUGCAAACAUGGCGACUGGCAGCCACAUGCAUAAUUUAACUACUCUGAUCAAGCGGCUGGAAGCCGCAACCUCCCGCCUGGAGGACAUGGCGAUGUCGUUGGAUGAUCCCCAUUCUCCCAAGGCCGCGGAAUCCGCCGCCGCACCGACACCUCUAGCUGCCGAAGCCCCCAAAGCAGCUGCUGCUCCCGCCCCUGCAGCACCUACCGUCCCGCCGCAAAUCCAAGACUUCGACGCUCUGAUCAACAAAGAUGUCCAGAACUUCGUGGAUCUCGGAAACACAAUCGGGGGCCUUGUGGCAGAACAGUCGAACGCGGUCCUGCAAGCCUUCAAGGCGGAGCGAACCUACCUUUACGUUUCGACGAAGGCGAAGAAGCCGGAACCGCAGCCCCCAGAGCUCAUGACGGAACUCCACAAUGCGUCCGAUAGCAUCAACAUGGUUCGCGAGUCUAACCGGCCGUCCCCUCUUUUCAACCACCUCAGCGCGGUCGCCGAGGGCAUCGUCGCCCUGGGCUGGUUUUUCGAAUCCAAGCCGGCGGACUUUGUGAGCGAGAUUGUGGGCGGUAUUGAAUACUAUGGCAACAAAGUUUUGAAGGACUACAAGGAGAAAGACCGCACCCACGUCCAGUACAUUCAGGCAUACUAUCAAAUCUUCAAGUCGCUUGCCGCGUACCUCAAGCAGCACUAUCCCAAGGGACUGACAUGGAAUGAUCAGAGUGGCAUUGAAGCCCACGAGGCUCUCAGGCAGGUCAAGGGCGGCACUGGCUCUGCCCCUGCUCCUGGUGGUGCAGCGCCCCCUCCGCCCCCUCCCCCUCCUGUACCGACGCUCAAUGUGCCUGGCGGAGUUCCCCCUCCGCCGCCGCCGCCUCCGCCUCCCGGCGCUGCUCCCGCGCCCAGUCAAUCCGCGGAUAUGUCAGCAGUCUUUGCUCAGCUGAACCAAGGCGAUGCCAUCACUUCGAAUCUCCGCAAGGUCGACAAGUCUGAAAUGACCCACAAGAACCCUGGUCUUCGUGCCGGCUCUACGGUUCCCGAGGGCCAGGGUAGCAGUGCCUCGCGGUCCAAGUCUCCCGCCCCAAGCAAGAAGCCCAAGCCCGAGAACAUGCGGUCUCGUAAGCCCCCUCGCAAGGAGCUUGAGGGCAACAAGUGGUUCAUCGAGAAUUUCGAUACCCCCGGCGAGAUUGUCGAGAUCCCCGCGCAGCAAAACCACUCCAUCCUCAUCUCCCGAUGCAACAAGACCAUCGUGAAGUUGUCCAGCAAGGCGAACGCCAUCUCCAUCGACAACUGCACCGGCCUCUCCCUCAUCGUCGACUCGCUCGUUUCCAGUCUCGAUGUCAUCAAAUCGCCGAAGUUCGCCCUCCAGAUUGACGGGGUCGUUCCCACACUGUUGCUGGAUCAAGUCGACGGGGCCGUCGUCUACCUCAACCACAAAAGUCUGGGCACGGAGGUCUUCUCCAGCAAAUGCUCCGCCAUCAACGUCAUGCUUCCUCCUCCCGAGGGCACCGACGAAGAUACCAAGGAGUGCCCUGUUCCCGAGCAGAUCAAGACGUAUGUCAAAGACGGGGUCCUGGUCAGCGAAAUUGUCGAGCACGCUGGCUAGACUGGAGGUCAAGCGUGCCUCUAGCCCUCCUCCGCCUUCUCUCUCUUUCUCUCCCCCCCUUUUGGUUUUAGAAAAUCAUGGAUAAUCUUGAAUAUAUCUGCUCUCAAUGAUGAUUUUUCAUCGCCUCGGCGGCUUGCAUUACUCGAUGGCAGGCACCGUGGGGUUCCUUCCGUCGCGUUCUUCGCGUUCAUUUACGACAAGUCCGGUGGUUCUGUCGCCGUAUCUGUAUUUUAGAAUAUUAAGUAGAUAAUUCUGCAACACCUUCCCUGAC